CGCAAAGUUGUUGCCUUGCAAUAUUGACCAUCCCACAAUAGAAGGAACUCUUAGAAAACUUUGGUGAUUGAUUGAGGGCAAGGCAUGGAUCCGACGAGAAGCAACCUAGACGCAAUGCCGCGGGGGUGGCGCAGCCUUAUUACAGCCUAACGCCUUUUGGGUCGUAAUCCUCAGAGCCUUGCCGGCGCUCUUGGGCGCCGCAUCUUGACUUCUCCAAGCACACAUCAACACGAUAUUCACGUCCCCAUAUACCCACCUACUUGCCAUUCGAGGCCAGAGCGUAAGAUUAGACGCCCUUGCGCGGCUCUCCAACAACAGCACAAUGGAUCCCAUCGGCAUCGCCGGACUGGCACUUGCUGCCCUGGAUCAGUUGUGGAAGAUGGGGGAGCGAACGGCUGUGCUUGUGUCCAAUUUCCGCGAGUUUGAUAAUGAUACAAAACUUCUCGAAGCCAAGAUCCGAGAUGAGAACAAUCGUACCCGUGCGCUUCAUCAGCUGCUAUUCGAGCCUUCCAAUGUGUACGCGGGGAGAACACUUUUCGUGCAGUUCGAUACCGAGGUGCAGAAGAAUAUCCAUCUCUUCUUUGAGGAAGCAACUGGUAUCCUCCAGCAAGCCCACGAGCUCCUGAGCCGCGGUCAAGGUGACCCUAAUGCCUGCGCCGGCGGCAGUCACCCUUCCUCUGAUGGGGAUGCACCUUCCAUGAGCAAUGGAGGAAACUCGAGCCCCAGAUCCGAGAUGCCGACCACACUAGCCCCGGCUACAAGUCCUGUAGCGCUCCGCCAUGCUCUCGCUCGUCCCCGUUCAUUCGUGCGCCUGCGGUGGUCUCUGCUCGAUAAAAAGCGCGUCGAGGCCAUUUUGUGCCAGUUCAGCGACUUCAACAAUCGCAUCCAUGAGAACAUCAAGCUGUGUUGCCUUGCCACCACCAUCGGCGUCGAUCUGGCGCACCUGCGGCGCCUUGAAGACGAUGUCAGCUCGCGUGUCUUGGGCUUCGAUACAGACGCUCGCCUGCGGCAAAUCGUAGCCGCCGACGCCGGCAGCCGGGACUGCGGACCGGGGCUAGCGAGCUUUGAAAUACUUGGUGGCGCCGAUGGCGCGGCGGAACUCACGUUGCGUCCCAGUGAGUUUGUCCGCGACGACAGCGAUGGCCGCUUUGGCAUUGCGAUAACGCACUCUCGAGAGAACGACAACACACCUGGUAGGGAGCGGAGGCCCCUAUUGGUCGAGUAUCGCUCGUACGCUCCCGAGUCGCCUGUCUCGGUCGACUUGGAUGACCGGACCAAGGACCUUGUAGACCAGCUGGCGAGGCUGUUACGCCAACCAAAGGGGGUAGUCUUUCGAACGCCGCGCUGCGAGGGCUGGGUACGCCAGCCGGAGCACAACCGAGUCGCGUUCCUGUUCGCCAUCCCCGACAACGUAGACCCGAUGUCCGUGAGUCUACUGAAGAUACUGUCAUCGAAAGACGUGCCGCCGCCGCCUCUCGGGCAGAGAUUCUUACUCGCAGGACAUCUUGCGCGCUGCAUCUCGCAGUUGCAACUUGUAAAAUGGGUCCAUAAAAGCUUCCGCAGCGAGAACAUUCUGUUCUUUCCCAGCCUCGACACCACCGCAUCUGCCGACCGAGAGGAGGGACCAACACUUCCUUCGUCCUGCAUCGACAUCUCAGAGCCAUGGGUGCUCGGCUUCGAGUUUAGCCGGCCAGAGCUAUAUUUCUCUCACGGUUACGGCGACUCGUGCUUGGCGCGCGACAUAUAUCGGCACCCGGAUCGCCAGCGGAACCCGGCGCAGCUGUUCAACAAACUGCACGAUAUAUACGCGCUAGGCGUCGUGCUACUAGAGCUCGGGUUGUGGCGGCCGGCCCUGGACCUGCUAGGCCGGACGGUGGCCACCGGCAGCAAUGCCCCUGACCCGCGCUCCGUCCACCGCCACCUCGUGCGCCAUGCUGAACGCCACCUAGCCUCCAAGAUGGGGAGCCGCUACCGCGACGUUGUGUUGCGCUGCCUGAGCGGUGACUUUGGUGUCGCUGACGACACCAAGGAGGAUCUUCGCCUGCAGCAAGCAUUCAGAGCCCAGGUUGUCGAGGUGCUGCAGAAGGCGGCGGACACUGUUUAAUAGAGAACAAAGGCGGCCGCUUAUUGGCCAUCAGCUUCGACCCCUGUUAUCUCUUUCGUUGGUUAAAGUGGGAAGAGAUAUGCGCCCUUGCCGCUCACAAAAUCCCAUCCACAAUGCAUCGCCCCCUCGUCUCGGCACGCGGCGAGGGAGGGUUACACCCGCUAGAGGGAAAAGGAACGCCCCCCCUCCCUGAACCAACAGCAGUCACAACCAAAAGGCCGCUGGGCCACCCACAGCCCGGGUCGCGUGUAUCGGGGGGCGUGGAGGUCAGUCAGUCACAUGCAGUUAUCACCGCGCCCCGACCCAUGCGGUCUGGGCGGCUGCUAGCCGCCACCCAGGCCUGGGCCAUAUUUGGGCACGUCUGUGCUGACGGAUGUUGUGCUUUGUUUUAUCCAUGAUCGAGAGUAGUAACCACAUGUAUCGCUGAUUAACAUGAUAUCUGGUACUAGUGGUAGAGAAGAAAGAAAACGAGCCUCAACUCCCUUGUUCAGCCGGUCAAGUCAACGAGACAGCACCAUCUAUUUUUCGUUCUUUUUUUCGGGGGGUUUUUUAUUAAAAAAAAAUCCCAUGUUGAUGUUACACAGCGCCGCCCAGCGCACUACCACCCGUCUCAAACGCGGAUGCCCGCCUCCUCAGCCCUGCUGCCGCGGCCGUCGUA